CAGAACAAGGAUGCAGAGUCAGGGGAUACUUCAGCUAAUAAAAAGGGAACUAGCUGUGUUUUUCGAGAUCCUCAGCAGUAACCUUUAGGAUUUAGAAAAACGUACUAGACUUUAGCUUUAGUGACACAUGAGCUGUAGGCGAGUCAUUGCAUCUGAACAAAAAGCCUGAGGCACAUUCCUGAAGACAGCUCUUCAGCUGACACAUAACAGGCUUUCCAGUUGAGAAGAAAGUAUUGUUUCUGCUACCAUGAUAGUCGUGCAAGGAACAGAACAGACUGCAUUGGAAGCUGGUUAUGGGGCACAGCAGAAUGGACAACCUUUAUAUGUGAAUUCACAAUCAUGGAAAAGAAUGACAGAGAAGUUCUUGAAGGGAGAACCCAAAAUCCUUGGGAUUGUGCAGAUUGUGAUUGCCAUCAUGAACAUCAGCAUAGGAAUUAUGAUGAUAAGUGCCACUGUGCCGUCUGGCGAAAUGCUCCCGAUUUCAGUGUACAUAGGAUACCCAAUUUGGGGGUCCAUAAUGCUCUCGCCUGGUGGACUGAUGCUCACUUUCUGUGUCCGGAGGUCAUCAAGUGGUGAGAUGAACAGUAGGACCAUCUCUCAGGCAUUUAUUAUUUCAGGAUCAUUUUCAAUUGUAGCAGGAAGAAGAACUACAAAAGGUUUGGUUCGAAGCAGCCUGGGCUUGAACAUCACCAGCUCCGUGUUCGCCUUCACAGGGAUCAUAAUCAGCUCACUGAGCCCAAGCAUUUAUUCUUACAAUGUAUAUUACUGUACAUAUAGGCAUGAAUCAGAAAGCUGUCACAUGACCUUGUUCCUUUUAAUGGGUCUGGAUAUUGUGGUAGUCAUUUUAAGUGUGCUGGAAUUCUGCAUAGGAAUAUCCCUCUCUGCCUUUGGAUGCAGGGUGAUGUGUUGUAAUCCUGGUGGGGUUGUGAUAAUUAUGCCAACAAAUCCUACCAAGGCAGAGACAGCACAUCCUGUAUCGCUUCAAAGUGGAUUGAUGCCACCAGAACGCCAAGAGAAAAAUAUUCUAGAAAAUAUGCACUGAUUAUUUUUCAAGAACCACACAUGGGAAAACACAAGAAUCCAACUCUGAUGUCUGUGUAUGCAUGAGCGUGUGCAUGAGCGUGUGCAUGAGUGUGUGCAUGCCUGUGCAUGUGCACAUUUGAUUCCAAUGACAUUCUCAUGUUUCACUAGGAAGUUGGCAGAUUAUUCCACUGGAUCUCCCUAAGAGUAUCAGAAUAUAAUAAAUAAACCAUCCAUUUACUGGCUAAAUAACACUUCAACAUGUUUUUAUUCAUCCUUAGGACAUUCUAAAAGUGUUUUAAAUAUGCAAAGAUAUAAAGUAAACAGAUGAAAUGGUUUAAAUCACAGGAUAUUUUUCACACAGACUACACCUACACAAUUCUGCUACUUUGCCUAAUGCUCUUUAUGUUUGUCCAAAUUUAGGUGUUUUUUUUUUUUAAUAAAAAAGCAAAUUUGGA